AUGAGUUUCAUCCCCGAGGCUAUCACGCCGACGUCCGUCCUGUCGUGGCAGUGUGCAGCUACGCUCCUCGUCAUAUGGAUCACCUAUUGUCUGGGGCGCGCCAUCUACAAUGUCUCGCCUCUACACCCCCUUAGCAGGUUUCCUGGCCCCAAGUUAGCUGCUGCAUCGUAUGCCCCCGAAUGCUGGUACGAUUUCGUGAUGAAGGGGCGGUACACCUAUGAGAUUGUCAAGAUGCACCAAAUUUACGGACCCAUUGUCCGUAUCAACCCUGACGAGGUGCACUGCGACGACGUUCGCUUCACCGACGAAGUAUACGCUAUCAACGGGAGAAAACGAGACAAGCAUAUCCACCACAUGAUCAACCUACCAGACCCCGCAACCUUCGCCACAUUUGGCACGAUCGACCACGAUCUCCACCGCAGACGGCGAGCCGCCGUCGGCAAGUUCUUCUCCCGGCAGCAGAUGCUCAAGCUCGAGCCGCAAGUCCACGCAUCAGCGCAAAAGCUCUGCGACAAGCUUCUCUCAUUUGCUGGUCCCGAUGGCGAGGUCGUGCCUUUGCAAGACGCCUAUAGCUGCUUUACGACGGACGUGAUUACCGAGUACUGCUUUGGCGAGUCGUUUGGAUUUCUUGAGCAGAAGGAGUGGACGCCUAAUUAUCGUUCGGCUGUUUAUGGGGCACUAGUUCAUACGUUCCUAUUCAAGUUCUUUCCGUGGACGAAGAUCGUUAUGAAUGCUGGGCCGUAUCUCAAGAAUUAUCUACCUAGGGACACGGCCAUCUUUAUCAAUACCUACGCAACCGUCAUCCCAGCCCUCGUAGAGAAGGCGAGAGACCGUAAAGUGACAGGCACGCACAGAUACCAACACUCGCCCAAUGUCUUCGCCGCAUUAUUCGACUCCGAUCUCCCGCCCGAAGAAAAGACGGUUCCACGACUCACGUCCGAGGGUGCCAUCAUGAUAACCGCGGGAACGGAAACAACAAGCUACACACUGACGAUGAUCAGCUUCCACCUCCUAUCGAACCCGAAAAUCUUGGCAAAGCUGACGCGAGAACUUCAAGGGGCGGUCAAGGAUCCGAAACACCUGCCAAACUGGCCGACGUUGGAAACACUGCCAUAUCUGAAUGCUGUCAUCUCUGAAGGGCUGCGGCUGGCGCCCGGUGGAUCGAUGCGUACUGGCAGAGUCGCUACCGAAGAAGAUCUCGUCUAUCGCGGGAAAUGGAGGCCUCAAGGAGCGGAAGUUGAUGUGGAUGUGUGCCAUGUCAUUCCACGCGGAUGGGCGGUAAGUAUGAGCGCCAUCAUCUCACAUCUCGAUGAGAGGAUGUUUCCGAACGCCAAGGAUUUUAUACCGGAGCGGUGGAUCGAUGAAAAUGGUCAGAGGAGGAGGGAAUUGGAAGCUGGGUUCAUCCCCUUUUCCAAGGGAACGCGACAGUGUGUGGGAAUGCCACUCGCAUACUCUGAGUUAUAUAUCGCUUUGACUUCGUUGGUGCUGAGGGUCUUUCCGCGUAUGAAGCUGUACGAUACUACUUUGCGCGAUGUUGAGUAUGACCAUGACUUGGGCGUGCCGAUUCCCGCGACCGAGAACGUCUAUCUAACUUUCUUCAUCAUGAAGCUUAACGUUUGUGUUGUCGUGGGGUUGACUGCCAUCUGUCAAGCCGAACAGCUCUCAGUAAUCCCCAUCAAUGAGACGACAUGUCACUCUCUUCCGAAGGCUUCUUCGAUUGAAGUCAUGCCUAUAAAUGUGACUACAGCUCACUCAACCCUCAAGCCUUCGUCAAUUGGAGUCAUUCCCAUCGACGUGGUGACAGGCCACUCCCUCCUCAAACCCUCGCCAACCCAAGCCCCAUCCAACUGCACAUGCACGCAUGAGGACACGAACAAACCAGUCACCCAUAACCGCCCGGCUGAAGUCCCGUACUGGGGCUUUAAGCAAAGCUGCACUGAAAUCCACGGCGACGGAGGCGAAGCAGCAGUUAUUUGGGCCUGCUGCGACACGACCUACGGCUACGGCAUCCAGAAUCGGUUUCGUCUAGGCCAGUGUAUCGAGAACGCGCGCGGGAAGCUAAUCCCGCGCAAGAAUGGGGGGUUCUGGCGCACGUGUGAGGAUUGUGGGCUCAAGGAUCCAGAGAAGCCGACCGUGUAUAGCUGCAAGUGCUGGCCUAUGCCUAGGCAUGGGGCGAAGCAUGAGCGUGUGGAGGCUGAGAUCGAGUUGAACGACUUUAUCGGUAACGACCAUGGCAAGUUGGUUUGCUUCGGCGUCAGGGAGCAGCGCUACUGGGGAAAUUGCACCAAUAACUUUCCUUGGGAUAACUAG